CAGUUUAAUUAUCGAUCCUCAUACAUCACCCCGUUUGUCCCUUCCGCUCAAUUCAAAAAACCAAAGCCCUCCAUCUUUCUCUCUCCUCCUCCCAUAGCCGUUCCCUUCAACCUCUCGUUUCCUCUUCCUCCCAUUUCCACAGGUAUGUCAUCUCAUCCACGCUGAAACGGAUCCGUUUUAUCAGAUCCAUCAUUCCUCAGCUCACGACCUUUCUUUUCAAAUAUCCAUAGGCAUUCUCCUUCUGGGGAUCUCCGAUGGCAUGCUGAUCCGAUUAUUCUGUUCAUCAUUUGUGUAUUUUAGCCCCUAAUUCAUCAUUUUCUUCACAUUUUUGGGUUAAAGUCCGAGAUAGAAGGUGGAGAUGGAAGUUUCCCGUGCGGAAUGUGUUCGCGUUGCGGUUAACAUAAGACCACUCAUUACAUCAGAGCUUCUCAUUGGCUGUACAGAUUGCAUAACAGUGGUUCCUGGAGAGCCACAGGUUCAAAUUGGAUCCCAUGCAUUCACAUUUGAUUAUGUUUACGGCAGCACUGGAUCUCGAUCUUCUGCAAUAUUUGAUGACUGUAUUUAUCCACUCCUUGAUGCACUUUUCCAUGGCUACAAUGCAACAGUUCUUGCAUAUGGCCAGACGGGCUCGGGGAAAACAUACACAAUGGGAACCAAUUAUACAGGAGAAGAAAGUAGUGGUGGAAUUAUACCAAAAGUUAUGGAAAGUAUAUUUUCAAGAGUGGAGGCCAUGAAAGACUCCACCGAAUUUUUAAUUAGAGUAUCAUUUAUCGAGAUUUUUAAGGAAGAAGUAUUUGAUUUGCUUGACCCAAAUUCAUCAGCUACCUCCAAAGUUGAAGGGGUAUGUGUAACUAAGCCUACUGGACCAGCAAGAGUGCCUAUACAAAUUAGAGAAACAGUAAGCGGGGGCAUAACCCUUGCUGGCGUGACAGAAGCAGAAGUUAGGACAAAAGAAGAAAUGGCAUCAUACCUAUCACACGGUUCCACAGCUCGUGCUACUGGAAGUACUAAUAUGAAUAGUCAAUCAAGUCGCUCGCAUGCCAUUUUCACAAUAUCUAUGGAGCAAAAGAAAAUUGCUCGUGUUGGAGUAAGUAAUGAUGAUGUGGGAGAUGAUAUCCUAUGUGCAAAACUCCAUUUAGUGGAUCUUGCUGGUUCUGAACGAGCAAAACGGACAGGAGCGGAUGGGAUGCGAUUUAAAGAAGGAAUUCAUAUUAAUAAGGGAUUGCUUGCUCUUGGCAACGUGAUAAGUGCCUUGGGAGAUGAGAAGAAGCGGAAAGAAGGAGGUCAUGUUCCAUAUCGUGAUAGCAAGUUGACACGCCUAUUACAGGAUUCUCUUGGAGGAAACAGCAAAACCGUCAUGAUUGCUUGUGUUAGUCCUGCUGAUACAAAUGCAGAAGAGACCUUAAACACUUUGAAGUAUGCAAAUCGUGCUCGAAAUAUUCAGAACAAGGCAGUUAUCAACCGUGAUCCAAUGGCAGCUCAAAUGCAAAGAAUGCGGAGCCAAAUUGAGCAAUUACAGUCUGAGCUUCUUUAUUUCCGUGGCGAUGCUGGUGCUCCAUUUGAGGAACUUCAGAUUCUCAAGCACAAAAUUUCUUUGCUUGAAGAGAGCAAUGCUGAGCUACAAAGGGAGCUUCAAGAGCGCCGAAUCACCUGUGAUCAUUUAACACAACGUGCUCUUGAUGCCCAGGUUGAAAAAGACAAAUUGAUUAUGAAAAUUGAAUCAGCCAGAAAUGGGAAAUCUUGGGAUGAGAUGGAGUCUGAUUCAGAUCAGAAUUUUAGUCUGCUAAAAUCCUAUGUGUCAAAAAUUCAAGAAUUAGAGGGUGAAUUGUUGCACCUACAAAGUUUGAAUAGCUCAAAACAUAGUGAUUUUGUUGUUGAUGGCACUGACUUGGAUGAUGAUAGUCUCCGCGCAAAAAAUGCAUAUUUCAGAAGCCUUAAUGAGCUUUCAUCAGCUUGUGAUACAAAAGGUGAGAUUGAAGAUGAUGAAAAGGAGUUAGAAUACACUUCCCUUCAAGAAAAAUUUGAUAUGGAGCUCAAAGAGUUGGACAAAAAACUUGAACAAAAAGAGGCUGAAAUGAAGCGGUUUGCAAGUGCUGAUACAUCAGUUCUUAAACUACAUUAUGAGAAGAAACUUCUGGAAUUGGAACAAGAGAAGAAAGCGUUGCAGAAAGAGAUUGAGGAGCUGAGGCAUGACCUUGCAAGUAUUUCUUCCACUUCUGAUGAUGGUGCCCAAAAAUUAAAGGAAGAUUACCUUCAAAAAUUGAAUGUACUUGAAAAACAGGUUUCAGAGUUGAAGAAGAAACAAGAUGCGCAAUCUCAACUCUUAAGACAAAAGCAAAAAAGUGAUGAGGCUGCAAAACGGUUACAGGAUGAGAUUCAGAGAAUAAAAUCCCAAAAGGUUCAAUUGCAACAUAAGAUCAAGCAAGAAUCUGAGCAGUUUAGGUUAUGGAAGGCAUCGCGGGAAAAAGAAGUUCUUCAGCUUAAGAAAGAGGGAAGGAGGAACGAGUAUGAGAUGCAUAAGCUAUUAGCUUUAAACCAAAGGCAAAAGAUGGUUUUGCAACGAAAGACUGAAGAAGCUUCUAUGGCAACAAAGAGACUAAAAGAACUAUUAGAAUCUCGAAAGGCAUCAUCACGCGAAACAUUAGGUGCUGGGAAUGGAAAUGGUCCUGGAGUUCAGGCCCUGAUGCAGGCAAUUGAGCAUGAGCUUGAAGUCACAGUACGGGUACAUGAAGUGCGUUCUCAAUAUGAGCAUCAAAUGGAAGAGAGAGCUAGGAUGGCCAGGGAGGUUGCAAAACUGAAGGAAGAAGCAGAUAUGCUGAAGCAAAAAGAUUUUGGAAGUUUCCCUGAGACAAUGUCUCCUGGUGCAAGAAAUUCUAGGAUUUUUGCUCUUGAAAACAUGCUCACUACAUCGUCUAGCACCCUGGUUUCUAUGGCAUCACAGUUAUCUGAAGCAGAAGAGCGUGAACGGGUCUUUAGCGGCAGGGGACGCUGGAACCAAGUUCGAUCUCUUGCUGAAGCAAAAAAUAUGAUGAAUUAUCUGUUCAACUUAGCAUCCUCAUCUAGGUGUAAGUUAUGGGAUAAAGAACUUGACAGCAGGGAGAAAGAUUCAGAAAUAAGAGACUUGAAGGAAAAAGUGGUCAAGCUCAGUGGUUUGGUUAGACAACUGGAAAUACAAAAGGCUGAACUUCUUCAUCGAGAGAAGCUACAGAAAUUAGCUUCAAAGAAGCAUGACAUGGAUAAUGCGGGUCGGAAGUAUGAUUUUCGUGAGGGACCUCGGCGGUCUGUGAUUUUGUUGGAGGACAUGGAUACAUCUGAAUCAGAACAUUCUAGCACAGACAGUGCCGAUGAUGAUGACUGGGUAGAAUCAGGAAAAAGGCCAAGGAAGAAAAGGAAUUCCAAAGCUGGAGGUCAAUCACGUGUAGGUUCGGAUAUCAGUAGUUCAGAAAAUUUGAGAACGGAAAAUUCAGGAAUAUGUUGCUCUUGUAGUAAAUCAUCUUUUUGUAAACUAAAGAAAUGUGAGUGUCGUGCUGCUGGAGGCACUUGUAGGGACUCAUGCAGCUGUGCACCUAAUAAGUGCACUAACAGAGAAACAAUUAAGGUUGAGGAGUUGGAUGACUUCCUGCAAUCAGCGGUUGCUGAAGGCAUUGGGAACUUGUCAGGCAGUGAUGAUACACAGAAGUACCACGACCUUGCUUCUCAUGGUGCAAUGCUGCUCCAGAGUGCACUAGUUGAUGAGCCUGCUGAGGCAAAUGAUGAUUGUGAAUCCAAAAGGAAGCCUUUAUCCGAAAUUGGGAACAAAAUGGCCAGAGCAAAGGCACCUAAGCCUAAUCCAAGAAAGAAAUGGCGAAAAUCAGUAAUUCAGCUAGUUUCUGUAGCCCCACCUUCGUCGCAGCCAGAGAAUACUGAAGCUCCCAAGAAGGCAGAGAACACUGCAGUUGAGGUAGACAUCCCUUUGAAGUUACCCAGGGCUAUGAGAUCGGCAGCAUCAAAUGGCAACCCCUUUAGAGUUAGAAAUUCUGAUCAGCCAGACGAAUCAGCAGCCAACAACAAGGAGACUGUCGCUUCUGCCUCAAGAAGUCCAGUCCGGCAGGCAAGAACAUUGGAUGAGAAAGAGAACUAUGGUCCUUAACUUAAAAAGAGCUGGUUCUUGUUCCUCAUCCUUGAAAUAAAUACUAACAGUCUGCUCAAGUUUCCGUGGUGUGCCCCCUCAAAAUGAAAAUUUCCUGGUGAAUUUAUAGGAGCAGAGAACGGGAUCUAACAGAAUGUGUAAGUUCUUGUGUCUUGUGAGGAUUGAUCAAUCCUCUAUAGAGGGGGGGUGGGGUUUUCCAUGAUAUGCCAAACAAUUAGAUCCCUGUGUAUAAGUGAACGUAAUCGACUUCGCUGACAACAGUUGAUCCUAAUGCUGUGCCUCGUCCAUUUUUGUUGCUCCGAAUGCUAUUAAAAUUCUCUCUGAUGUGCUUUCAGUGUGCCA